AUGGCGCGCACGCGCCGCCCGCGGGCCGCGGCGCCCGCCCUGGCCGCCGCAGCCUGCACGGGCCUGGCCUGGGCAGGUGGCCUGGCGCCGCGCUCCUUCGUGGCGGCACACCAUGCGCACCGCCGUCUCGAGAGGGUGGCCAGACUGGGCGGAAGCCCUUUCGGCGGCCUGGGUGACACGAAGGCCCUCGAGGAGGUCAUGAAAGAUCCAGAGAAGCUGAAAGAGCUGCAGGCCGCGGCCGCCAAGAUCAUGGAGGACCCCGAGAAGAAAAGGCAGAUCGAAGCCUUUCAGAACAACAUGCAGAGCUCCGUGGAGAAGCUGAGGGCCGACCCAGAGAUGAAGGACUUCUUCGCCGACGUCGACAAGAACGGUUUCAAGGCCCUGGAGAAGUACCAGGCGGACGAGAGGAUCUUGGCGAAGUUCUCCCAGGCGACUGGUGGCCCGGAGAGCCUCGGUGGCCUGAUGGGCGGCAUGGGCGGUAUGGGCGGCAUGCCUGGCAUGGGCGGCAUGGGCGGUGCGCCUCCAGCCCCGCAGGUCAUCAUCAAAGGCCUGCAGAAGGCCCCAGAACUGAACGACAAGAAGGACCGGGGUUUGCGCUUGCUGCAGCUGCCUUCGGAACGGCGCCGCUGCAGCGAGCCUUUUGGCUUUGACACGCUCUCUGCCUUCCCGCGGAGGCAGGCAUGUUUAAGCCUUCUCAUGCGGCUCACGUUGCUGGGUCAGUUCCGCACGAUGGUGCUACUGGAUCGCAAGCAGCUAGGAUUCGCACUCAUGUCAUCUACGCCGUCACGCCUGCUCUGCCAGUGGAGCCCGUCGCAGGUGCCGUUCUACCUGAAGCCGGCGGCUUCGGGCGCCAUCCACAACCGGGGCGGGCCGACGCAGAGCUACUUGGGGCAACGCUGCGUGGAGAUCGCCGACUGCCCCACCGUCCAUCGCAUCGCACAAGGGCCGAGUGGAUGCUUGGAUGCCGCGGUUGCCCAGGCGCACGACGAAGUUGGACAGAUUCCGACGGUCGCGAGUGUCUUUGAGCAGUUUCUGGUCGAGGUAUCUGACGACGUUGAGUUCGCGCAGAACCCUGGGCCCGCUGGCGCCCAGGCGCGCGCGCCGGAGGAGCGCGAGGAUUGCGCGGAGUAG